GUUGGCGUAGGGGUCAGGAACCCGACCUCUUGGACAUCCUUCUACCGGAAGGCGACGAUUACAAGCUGGUGUUCAUCAACUCGGACAGUUCCUCCAAGGAGGAGAUAUCCUCCAAGGAGGAGGACGACAAUGACAGUUCUUCGACCGCAUCCAGUUUUCCGAUUGACGAAUGUGACUGGGACUAUUUUGAGCCGGGCAGCGGGAGACCAUCCGCCGUCAUCAAUUGGUCGUCGCCCUUUGGCUCUCCUAGGGUGUACAGGAGGGGAGUCCUAGAAUCGCCCAUUGGAUCGCCGUUGGUGUACAGGAGACGAAUCCGCGAAUCCGAUACCGGCACCGACGAGGACAACACCCGAUUGGACAGUGGCUCACCAGCAUCCUCCGACAGUCUAUUUCCGACGCGAAUCGCCUCCGAAGAAGCUUUCGAGCACCGCAUCGAAAGGCCGACGGAGGAGUCAGCCGCGUUGCAAUGCUUGCACGCCGACGACGCUCCUCAGCGGGCGCCUUGUCACAAUUGCGGAGCGUCCACCCAGUACAUCCCCAUACCCGUACCGGUGCCCAUUCCCUUCCCCGUACCCGCCUCGUGGACCCCCCAGGACACGGUGCUUUUGUACGGAGGAGAACAGAGCACAGGCUCGCGUUUGCGAGUGCUGCCGCGAAACUUGUGGCCGUAUCUAGCACAGGCGGCCCUUAUCUGGCCGAAGAUAACCGCAGGUGAGCUCGGUCCGCAGUCGGUUCUUCACAACGAUAUCAGUAGUUGCGAAGCGAGCACCGGUGCGACGAUGCCCAUCGCCACGGACCGUGACUCCCCGUCGGCCAGCAAAAGCGGGGCCGAACCCGGCGAAGAAAAGGAGAGCGACGCUCCGGACGAAACCGAUAAACCAGUAGUUAUCGAUGAAGAAGAACUCACGGGGUACCUGGAAUGCGAGAACCGAUACCUCUCUUCGAGCGACGCUUCGAAGGAUUCCAGUGACUCGAGUGACACCAGUGAGAACUCCAAACCGCGAGUGCGAAGAGUGUACAAUGUGAACGGCGGCGAGGGUAGGCAGAGCGACGACGCCUUGCCCAGCAGCAACGUCACCAGCGAGGAAGAGGACAGCUCUGUCAGGGAGGACGACAUGUCAUCCUCGGGUUCCGCGGACACUGAUAGUGAUGACACGGGAACCGUGGCCGACCAGAAGCCCAAGAGGUUCUCACGUGUUUUUGUCGUCAAUAAGAACCUGUCAUCAUCCUCCAACGAGUCCAGCUGCAGCAGCCACUCGGAAUCCUCGGACGAUGAUACCGAUACGGAGAUGGACUGCACCGUCAUCCUAACAAACAUCAAGCAACUAGACGAAAACGACCUGGAAAACGAUGCAAAUGUAAAUAACGCAGGUGAAAAUUCACCUGUUGAUAACGCCGAUAAGGAUAUGAACCAAGUCAGAGUCUGUGAUAACGAAACAAGUGAUAAAAAUAGUGAGAAUGAACCUGACGGCAUAGAAUCGGUAAACAAGGAAUCUCCGAUGGCUCUCAAGGAAUCCGAGUACAUAUCGUCCAGUCCAGGGUUGUCGGACGUCAGCGCGGAGUCCCUGAACUCCAGCGACGUGGACCAAAUCAGAUUGUUUACGGGCGACACCAUCGCCGAAGAGGAAACUCCUCUAUCGGAAGCAGCAGAGCAGGAUGGCCACUGUGUCGCGAUCGCUGAACGGAACGAGAUCCGGUCUAGCGGACCCGUUAGCGUAGGGGGGGAGUCGCAAAAUACGCGCGACCACGGAGGUGUACCAGCAGGUGCGAUAGUUUCUGGCGAGUCUUUGGCACGUCAUGCAGCGCGUUAUACGAGCCUUGUGAUGAUAACGCAGGAGCCCGCCCCCAAUUAUCAACAAGUGAGUGUCGUGACGUCGGAUACUACCACUCUAGUGCAGGAUAAUGACGUCAUCGUUAGGCACACCAACUGGCAGACCGAGGCGAAGAGAAAUAGCCAGGGAAAGUCGAACGAUAAUCAGAACCGAGAAGGAGAGAGCGUAACCGUGAUAACUGGGGGCGAGACUCUCUCUGCCUUCGAAGAAGGCUUGGCGGAUGACGACUCCUGGGUGGAGAACCUAAGCUACGAAGACGACGAAGAUGAAUUCGCUACAAACUCUCCUACUGAUGACUCCUCCUCCGGGGAGGAAGUCACUCUCACUUGUUCGGCAGCCAUAGAUCAGGAGGAAGAUCUCAGAGGAUACCAUCGAACUGCAAUUGACUUCACGUUACAUACAAUCGUCGAGGAAAGUUGUGAAGAAAGUGAAGUAGAACAAAAUGCCCCUAAGAAGAAGGAAAGGCCGGCCUCUGCCACUGACUUGGAGAAAUAUUUUUUCUUUGGCCUUGGUGACGGUACUAUACCCUCCAUCAACUCGAACAGAGAGGAUGCCUUCUCAGAAACUAGCAGCAUUUACAGCGAGGGUAUGGAAUCCCUCGGCGGAGAUGAAACCAUUCAGCAGAAUGACAACUCCGAUCCUGCUGAACUGGCUUCCUCCAGACUGGAAAAAUACUUCUUGAGCGGUUUUAUGGGCUUCACGGCUGAAAGGAGAGAUUCCGAUGGUAGCGUUGGAAGCGAUAGUGAGGGUAGGCCAAGUCCCGAACAGAGAAGGAAACGAUUGGUUAGAGCUAGAGGUACUGGUCGAUCACAUUCAUCGUCAUUGGACAAUCUCGAUAAUGCUGGCAAUGAACAGGUAGCCGAAACUCAGCUAAAUUCUGAAGAUUCCUCCAGCUCCGAUUCAGAAAUUUACGAUGAGAUUAGCAGUUUUGAAAAAUCUGAUGGCCAGUUCGAUACGGUCAAACGAAAAAAAGGUAAGAAACAUAAAAAUUCCACGUCUCCUGCUGAAGAACCUAAAAACUUGGAAACAACUCGGGAAGUGGAAGAAAAAGAUAGUGAAUCAGAAGAAGACGGCCAGAAAACACCGCAACCAGAGAUCUCCCCGACACCUUCGAAUCUUACCACUACGAAAAACCAACAGAGCAGAGAUAGCGGAUUCAUAGGAAGCUGUGAUGAUCUGCUUAGAGAGCAGAGGGAUAACACCACGCCCGAAGUACCUCCUGGAAAAACCGAACUAAAACUUGAUCUUGAAAACAUCGCAGAAGAGAAGAAAUUGGAAGAAAUAAUCGCUUCAACGUCAGCUCCUCCAGCCACGUCACUCACACGGAAAGACAGCUUUAACAAUUGGAGCUCCGACGAAGAAACCAACCUCAUGAUGAGCAAGAUGAGGCAGUUCUUCAAGACGAUGGUUGCCAACUCUCAGUUGAGUUCAUCGUCGAAACCAACAACACCGACAUUAAGUUCACGAUUGUCUCCCAAACCAUUGCCAAGUCCACGUACCAAAAAUCGUUCAAAACCUCCUCAACUCGUAUAUUUUGAAAACGAGCUGACAAGAUUGAUGAAAACUGUUCCAGGAAUCAGAGACGACCAGGUUAAAGAAAUUGUCGAAUACCUGAGUAGCGAAGAUACUUGGAGCGAUUCGUACGACUCCUCAGAUUACACGAGCUCAGAUUUGGAAGUGACAACCACAAAGUCAGUUCUACAGCAACAAAUAUCUGAUAGCUGCAAACAGAUUAUCAACAAGUUCGACACCAGUGUCGAUGAUGAAGGCGAUGAAGGUGAUGGUGGGAUUGUGGAUGAAACACAUGGAUUGAACAAAGAAACAUCUUUCGUUUAUCAGAAGUUGGUGGCGUCGUUUGAAAAAAUGGCUACAGGGGAUAACGAUGCUGAAGCCGUUCCAAAUCUAGCACCCCACAGUUCUCCUCCGCUAAUAGCGAAAGUGAUGCAUCACAUAGGAAGCCGCUUGGUGGCACUGAUGCACGAGGUGUCAAGCGGGGAGAGUCAUAAAAGUAACUCGCCCAAGACAAAACACUACCACAGACGACUGCAGCACAAGCUGUCAUCAGCUUCUAGUACAACGACGGAGGAUGACUGCCCAGAGGGCAGUGUUGAUCACUUCGGAGGGUUCGAGGAGAACCUCACUCCGUACAACUUGCUUCCAAGAAGCAGAUCUCAUGAUUUAUUACUUAGUGAGGCAAAAACUUUGCAUCAAUCAUCGGGAGGUGUAUCGGAUAUUGUGGAGGAACGAGAAGCUAGUGAUUGUGAACGGUUCAGUUGGCGAGGCAGCUUCGAGUCUGCCUUGUUGGCUACUGACUCUAGGAAUAAACUGUCGUUGUUAGGAGGUGAAGCGUCAGCUUCAGCUUCUGCUCUGGCUAUCGCCGCGAAACGCCGAUCAGCAGGUGAUUUGUUAUUCAGUCAUAAAAGUUUGAGCCGGGAACAACUUGAUAGAGUGCGAAGUUGUGGGAGUAUCGGGGGUGCUAACAGUGAGGACAAGUUAUGGGUGGCUUCAGCGAUAAGGCCGAACAGAAGAAGGUCUAGUGUCCCGGACGCCUCUUGCGGAUCAGGUGGGUCUGCCGAUGGUGAGGAUGAAGACGAAGAAAUGGAGAGUCGUUCGACUUUGCCUAGGAGUUUACAAAGUGGUGCGCCUACAACUAACUCCCUUCCGCGACUUCCCACAAACGCUUCGUCUACUAAUAUGCUGAAAAGCCAGAGCAUGCACCACUUCCUGCCUCAAAACGUAAAGAGUGCUCGGUACCGCCCUCCGGGUGCUAGACUUACUACGAUUCCGAAACGGGCUGUUUCCGCGCCGGGUUUGCAGCCGUCACAUCAGCGCCGAGGGAGGAGAUCUCAGCAACCUAAUGUUCCUAGUG